ACACACACACACACACACACGCACUCUGAGUUUUCCUCUCCCUAGAUUUCUCUUUCCUUAUAUGCCCAGAUCCUCAAAUCUGUAUGUAAUAAAUUAUUGGUUUUAGUAGUUAAAUCUUUUCCGUAUUUUGCUCUUAAAUCAUAGACAAGAAUUGUUCUUCUCACAAAUAUGUCGUGCAUGUAUCUAUAUAUGUGGGAAGACACACACAAAUUUUAAGAUUUGGGUAGUGCAGAGGAGGCUGACAGUGAGACUUACAAUGAAGCUUUUGGGUUUUUGGGGUCUAAUUCUUAUUGGGGUUGUGUGUAGCAAAUGGGUAGAUGGACUUGAAUUUGAUAAGUAUUCUAAUGAAACAGAGGUCUCAGUUUUGGAGUCAGCUUAUGGAGUCUCUGCUGCCACUACCAUUAGUCCUCUAAUGGUAGGUCUCAUCCUUAUUGAAGAAGCUGCUGCUAAAGGAGCUGUAUGUUUGGAUGGAACAUCACCUGGUUACCAUCUGGACCGUGGAUAUGGAUCAGGGGCAAACAGUUGGCUCAUUCAAUUGGAGGGUGGUGGAUGGUGUAACACCAUCAGAUCUUGUGUUUUCCGCAAAACGACUCGGCGUGGAUCAUCAACUUAUAUGGAAAAGCUGCUUCCAUUUACAGGAAUACUGAGCAAUAGGGCUCAAGAAAAUCCAGAUUUUUUUAACUGGAACAGAGUAAAACUUCGUUAUUGUGAUGGAGCCUCUUUCUCUGGGGACAGUGAAGAUAUGGCUGCGCAGCUGCAAUUUAGAGGACAAGGUAUAUGGUUAGCUGGUAUGGAAGAUUUAAUGUCAAAAGGGAUGCGCUACGCGGACCAGGCUCUUCUUUCUGGGUGCUCUGCUGGGGGGCUAGCUUCUAUAUUACACUGUGAUGAGUUCCGGGAUUUAUUUCCAACCAGUACAAAAGUGAAGUGCCUGAGUGAUGCUGGAUUAUUUAUGGACGCGGUUGAUGUAUCUGGUAAUCACAGCCUUAGGAAUUUAUACAGAGGUGUGGUUAGCUUGCAGGGGGUGCAGAAGAACCUGCCACGCUCUUGUACUGAUCAACUUGAUCCAACUUCGUGCUUCUUUCCCCAGAACUCAAUUGCAAACAUCAAAACUCCUCUAUUUCUUCUUAAUGCCGCAUAUGAUGCAUGGCAGAUCCAAGAGAGCUUAGCUCCUCCAUCAGCUGAUCUUAACGGUUCCUGGACUGACUGUAGAAUGAACCAUGCGAGUUGUUCAGCCUCGCAAAUCCAAUUUCUGCAAGAGUUCAGGAAUCAAAUGUUGAAUGCGAUAAAAACCUUCUCAAUGUCCAAACAAAAUGGGUUCUUCAUAAAUUCAUGUUUUGCUCACUGCCAGUCAGAGUUGCAGGAUACAUGGUUUUCAGAUAAUUCUCCACUUAUUGGCAACAAGGUACGCCGGUGCUGUUGA